AUGCUUCUUAUUUCUCGAAUCAAAUUACCGCUUUUCGGAAAGAGCUCUUGUAGAGCAAAGCCCAAGCCCAACAAGCGCCUUAGAAGAAGCAGCUGCAAGCAGUUGCCAUCUGAAAUCCAAGAAAUCAUUUGCUCCAUGGUGCUAGGAAAUGAUGCUUCGAAUCCAUUUGCACUAACUGCUAUGCGGGUAUGCAAAACAUGGGCUAGUUUCAUCUGUGAAAGAAUGUACAAACAAUUUCAAUUCAAGAACUACAUUCAGUUUAUUGGAUUCAUCAAUACCAUUGCUCUCAAAAACCCUGUUUUACCAUACAAUCUAUACGUUCGACACAUUGAUCUCACGCCUGUCAACAAAUACGGCGUCGAUAUUCGAGUGCGACGACUGAUCAAACACUGCCCCAAUCUCUCCAGCAUCCAGCUAGGCCAAGCAACCAGUGUCAAGGCAGACACUCUCCAACUCAUGGGUAGAUACUGCCACAAUGUACAGAUCCUCCAGAUGGGAGGUAUGCAGAGUUUCCCAUUCAUGUUUGAAUGUGAUUUCUCUGGCAUGUUGAGUCUUGAAAGCUUGUCUCUCUCUACAACACCUCUGCAAUCUGCCUCUCUGAAUACCAUUCCUCGGUCCAUCAGCCAGCUGCAGAUCUCACAAAUGGAUGCUCUUGAACAUGACGACUUUGCAAGGUUCCUCAAGCACCACCAGCAAUUGGUGUCUCUCUCUGUGCGUCGCUGUAAACAUCUGAACAAGGAUUUCGCUGCAUUGAUUGGCCACUUGCCUAUAUUGGACGUCUUGGAACUAUCAGGACCUGAAAUCGACGACGAAGGAUUAAAGGAAAUGUUUAAUAUACCCACCCAAUUGAAAACAUUAAGACUCUGUCAUACCCAGAUCAGUGAUACGACGUUGGAAGCCAUAGCAGCUGGCUGUUUGGUGGUACAGCAUUUGGAUAUUGCUCAAAAUACAAACGUCACUCAGUACGGCAUCAACUUGUUACUGAGAAAGAAGCAAUUCCAGCAGCUUACCUAUUAG